UCGAGCAAGACAUGCGCUGUUCGGCACUUCGAAACACGACAGCAAGCAUGGACGUUCUCGACCUUGAAGACGACAAACCGUCCGAGUUUUUAGACGAUGAAGGCGAAGAUGAUGUCCAAAGGGUGAAGUCUGGCAAGAAAAAGAAGGGACGCGGCUUUUCGGGUGACAAGUCCUCGUCAAGACCAGAUGCGUAUGACUCCAUUGAGGGAGGAGAGGGUGGGGAGAGUGGCCCUGCAAGAUCGGUCGAAGGAUGGAUCCUUUUUGUCACCAACAUUCAUGAGGAAGCACAGGAAGAUGACAUCCAUGAGUUGUUCUCUGAUUACGGAGAGAUAAAAAACCUUCAUGUCAACCUGGACAGGCGUACUGGAUUUAUCAAGGGUUAUGCACUAGUAGAGUAUGAGACCUUCAAGGAAGCUCAAAGUGCGCUAGAGGCCCUGAACGGUGCUGAGAUGUUGGGCCAGAACAUCUCUGUCGACUGGGCAUUCAUCCGAGGGCCGAGCAAGAAGUCAAGGAGCAGUCGAAGAUAGUUCUACGUACUUGUAAUACACAUAUUUCAAAUAAGGUUGCACUUGGAGAAUCCAUGUGUUGUAACCGACAGUGCUUCAUGGGUUUCAAUUAAAUGAGCAUUUAAGCAUACUGUAGAUAAAAACAGAUCUAGGUUAUGAAGGUUGUUUCAAUUUCUUGUAUGUUAAUAUUCACAUUUUUUAAUAACCAGGAUUUAGCCAGUUAUACAUUGAGCACAUGAGCAUAUGUGGGGUACAACACAUGGAUUCUCUUGUGAAACCUUCAUUCUAAUAGGUGUAUACUCUACUGUAGGUUAUAAUAGGUGUAUACUCUACUUAAAGCUUAGACCAUAGGCCAGGAUAUUCAGUCGCGGUGUACCUAAUGUUCACACUAUCCCUAGCAAAGUCAUAUGUUGUACAGAAGCUUGUUAAUUGUGACAUUUUUUUUUUCUACUCGAUUAUAGUUCAUCGGGCACAAGUUCUCCCAAACAUGUUUAUAAUCCUUGUAGGGAGAAUCUCUUUUUUAUUUGUUGGAGUCAAAUGGCUGCACAUAUUCAUUUGACACAUACAUACCGUUCAUAUAAAAAUAAUGCAAGAAAGAGAAAUUUCCAAUACAGUUUUUUAAACUCUUCUAAUAUGGAUGUUAUGUAUUUAAACGUUUUAUUUGGAGUUAGAAUAACACCUUGUCGAUAUACUGAUCAAGUUUUAUACACCCUGAUCUUGUUGGUAAUAAAACAUGUUAAAGCCUU